CCAUCUGAGGUGCAGCCAGGUACCUGUCUGCUUUACCUGUGGACCUCAUCAACACUCCACUUUGGAUUAGAGGGAAAGUCUGAUUUUCUGCAAAGCAUAGAAAGCAGUUGGGAGGUGUAACCAGGAGUUCCUGUGGAGAACCCAUUUUGGUCACCUGCUUUCUUUUUUUUUUCUUUCUUCCUCUUUGUCCCUUUCUGUUGGAUAGCUAAUGGAUGAGGGAUUGCAACCUUGGGCUUGAAGAAUAAGUUUGUUGAGUUCGGUUUGAGAGGAAGAUGUACCCUUCCGUGAACAUGGAAACAUAACUGGGGUCCUUUGAUGGAUAUUGAUUUUAAAGAAAGAGCACAGAAUGAGUAAAAGAGAGAUACAAAGAUCCAUCAAAUGGGUUUUGGUUCUCACCCUCUGCCUUUUAACCCUAUGGGGACGCAUAGCUGCAGCAUCAACGCACCACAGAAUCCAUUCAAUUCAUGUGGAACCGGGCACUUGUGAAGUGAUUGCUGCUCACAGAUGCUGCAAUAAGAACAAGAUUGAGGAACGGUCACAGACAGUAAAAUGCUCGUGUUUUCCUGGGCAAGUGGCGGGAACUACAAGAGCAGCUCCAUCGUGUGUAGAUGCUUCUAUAGUUAUCCAGAAAUGGUGGUGUCAUAUGCAGCCAUGUUUAGAGGGAGAAGACUGCAAAAUUCUACCAGAUUUGACAGGAUGGAGUUGUAGCACUGGGAACAAAGUCAAAACAACAAAGGUUACACGAUAGUGUCUGGAAAAUAUGCAGAAAACGUCCAAGGGUAUAAACGCUGUGAGAGGCCAAAGUUUCACAUUGGCAUACUUUAUACUCCCCUACCAUGUAUCUUCUUUCCAAAGUGUGGAUACAAUUGGAUAGUAAUCUCAAUGUACUGUACUUUCAAGAGGAGUACCAUAACCAUGUAAAAAAAUGACAGAUGAACAAUCACCCUAAGAGGCAAACUGCAAAACCCAUAGACCAGUAUACUUCAAAGUGGAAAAUAUGAAACAUACUGGAAGUAACAUCUGUGUAUGAAACCAAGAGACAGUAUAAGACU